UUUUUUGAAAAAUCCUUUCUUUUCACCAGUUUCCUCAUCUUUCCGCUAUAUUUUUCCCGAGAAAAACUACCGGGAAAAUGAAGGGAAAAAGCUGAGCCCUUCAAGAUAGUAUAUCUCCUCUCUACUCUUCGACAUCGAAUCACUUGAAACUCUCUGCUUUCCAUUUGAUUGAUUUAUUUUCAUUUUUUCAUUUGUGCAAGUCUUCUCUGCCUCCCUAACUACGAGAAGCUCCCUCUCGUAUCCAAACCAACUCUGUCGAAGGUUGUACCAAAAGUAUGGAUUUCCAGAAGUGCAAAUCUUCUAGUGAGGCACCCUCUCUUAGUAUGGUACCUUUGAGUUUUUCGAAUAAGUUGCAUGAGAGGCCUCAAUGCCAGGAGAGAAAUACUGAUCAUGUUGUGGCAGAUGUAGAUAUUGACCUUAGAGAAGUUUACUUUUUGAUUAUGCAUUUUCUAUCAGCUGGCCCAUGCCAGAAAACUUUUGGACAAUUUUGGAAUGAGCUUUUGGAACAUGAGCUUCUACCUAGAAGAUACCAUGCUUGGUAUUCAAGGAGUGGAGCAUGCAGUGGGGAUGAAAAUGACAACGGCUUCUCGUUCCCACUAGGUUACAAUAAUUUGGUGGAGAGGUAUCCACACAUUGGAAAGGAUCACUUGGUAAAGCUUCUGAAGCAACUGAUGCUGAAUACUGCCCCUCCGUUGCAUGGUGAGGUUGGAGGAAAUGCUCCAAGCGCUGUUGAUGUUCCCACACUGCUCGGAACUGGUUCCUUUUCACUUCUAGAUUGUCAUAAGAAGAAGGAAAAUAAGCAAGUUAAACCUCCACCAGAUUACCUUCGUUGGCCCCACAUGCAGGCUGAUCAUGUCCGUGGUUUGAGUUUGAGGGAGAUUGGUGGCGGUUUCACAAAACACCAUCGGGCUCCAUCUAUUCGCUCUGCAUGUUAUGCCAUUGCUAAACCAUCAACUAUGGUCCAAAGGAUGCAAAAUAUGAAGAAGUUAAGAGGACACCGUGAUGCUGUCUAUUGUGCCAUCUUUGAUCGCUCGGGGAGAUAUGUAAUUACUGGUUCUGAUGAUCGCCUUGUCAAGAUUUGGUCAAUGGAAACUGCAUUUUGUUUAGCCAGCUGCCGGGGACAUGAAGGUGACAUUACUGACUUGGCUGUAAGUUCAAACAAUGUUCUGGUGGCAUCUGCUUCAAAUGACUUCAUCAUUCGAGUUUGGCGCUUGCCAGAUGGGUUACCAAUCUCUGUUUUGCGGGGGCAUACUGGAGCUGUCACUGCUAUUGCAUUUAGCCCCAGGCCCAGCUCUGUAUAUCAGCUUUUAUCGUCAUCAGAUGAUGGAAGUUGUCGGAUCUGGGAUGCUAGGUUCUCCCAGUGCAGUCCACGGAUUUACCUGCCAAAGCCUCCAGAUGCUGUCGCUGGAAAGAACAGUGUUCCCUCAAUGAAUGGAACCUCCUCAAGUAAUGGUCCUCAAAGCCAUCAAAUAUUAUGUUGUGCUUUCAAUGCCAGUGGAACUGUUUUUGUCACUGGUAGCUCUGAUACUUUUGCAAGGGUUUGGAGUGCUUGUAAAUCCAGCACAGAUGAUUCAGAACAACCAAAUCAUGAGAUAGAUGUAUUAUCUGGCCAUGAAAAUGAUGUCAAUUAUGUGCAAUUUAGUGCCUGUGCUGGGGCUUCAAGGUCUUCAGUGUCCGACACUUUCAAGGAGGAAAGCCUUCCAAAAUUUAAAAAUUCCUGGUUCUGUCAUGACAACAUAGUAACUUGUUCUCGUGAUGGAAGUGCAAUUAUUUGGAUUCCAAGAUCACGCAGACAUCAUGGAAAAGUUGGACGUUGGACACGGGCAUAUCAUCUCAAAGUUCCUCCUCCCCCAAUGCCGCCUCAACCUCCUCGAGGAGGCCCACGACAAAGAUUGCUUCCAACUCCUCGUGGUGUUAAUAUGAUUGUGUGGAGCCUGGAUAAUCGCUUUGUGCUUGCUGCUAUCAUGGAUUGCAGAAUAUGUGUUUGGAAUGCUGCUGAUGGUAGCCUAGUACAUUCUUUGACUGGCCACAGUGCAUCUACCUAUGUUUUGGAUGUUCAUCCUUUCAACCCUCGGAUUGCUAUGAGUGCUGGGUAUGAUGGGAAAACCAUAGUGUGGGAUAUAUGGGAGGGCAUACCUAUCAGGACAUAUGAAAUUGGACGCUUUAAGUUGGUUGAUGGAAAAUUUUCUCCGGAUGGAACAUCAAUUGUACUUUCAGAUGAUGUUGGUCAAAUAUAUUUGCUAAAUACAGGCCAAGGCGAGUCUCAAAAGGAUGCCAAAUAUGAUCAGUUCUUUCUUGGUGAUUAUCGCCCCCUUAUUCGCGACACCAUUGGAAAUGUUCUUGAUCAGGAGACACAGCUUGCUCCACAUCGAAGGAAUAUUCAAGAUCCCCUCUGUGAUUCUAGUAUGAUUCCAUAUUCAGAACCUUAUCAGACUAUGUACCAGCAACGUCGGUUAGGAGCACUGGGUAUUGAGUGGCAUCCUUCUUCCAUAAACCUUGCUGUUGGACCAGAUUUCAGUUUAGGCCAAGAGUAUCAAAUGCCACCCUUGGCAGACUUGGACAGAGUAAUGGAACCACUACCAGAGCUUGUCGAUGCUAUGUACUGGGAACCGGAAAAUGAAGUCAUAAGUGAUGAUACUGAUUCUGAGUACAAUAUUGCUGAGGAAUAUUCUAGUGAAGGUGAACAUGGAAGUUUAAGUGCUGCAUCUUCUUUUAGUGAUCCAGAAUGCAGUGCAGAAGACACUGAUGUUGAACAGAGUCAUAAAGAUGGUCUUCGUAGAUCUAGAAGGAAAAAAUACAGAUCAGAAGUGGAGAUCAUGACUUCUUCUGGGCGGCGUGUUAAAAGGAGGAAUUUGAAUGAGUGUGAUGGCACUUCGUCCAGGAGUAGAACUAAGAAAUCAAAGAAUGGCCGGAAAGUUUCAAAGAGAAAUUCCUCUAAAAUACAGUCCCUGAGACCUCAGCGAGCUGCUAAACGCAAUGCUCUGAAUAUGUUCUCUCAAAUUACUGAAACUUCUACAGAAGGAGAUGAUGAAGAAGGUUUAGAAGAUGAUUCAUCAGGCAGUGACCCAAUGAUGCAGGAUUCAAACAUGCAAAACACUAAGUCUGACAGAAACUUGCAGAAUGUGCAACAGAAAUAUCAAAGAGGUGAACAAUCCUCCUUAGAUGAGUUUGAGAAUGCAAUCAAGUUUCCUGAAUCCCAGUCUAAUGCUGGGAACAGAAGGAGAUUGGUUCUUAAGUUUUCACUUCGUGAUUCUAAGAAGUCUAUUCCUUCAGAGGAUACCAGACCCAAAUGUAACACUCAGGCUGAUAUAGUGCAUUCACCUUCUAGACCACCUCCUAAAACUGUUGAAGAAAAGGAAACCAACUUAAUCUCUGAGGAUCCAGAGUCAUCUUCCAUGCAUGCAGCUGAUUUGGAACAAUCUCAAAACCACAACAGAGAUGAUUUCAUACAUAAACCACGAUCUGAAGAGACUGAGGAUCAUUUGGAUACAUCUGCGGGUUACAAGGAUAAUAAAAUCAGAUGGGGAGAGGUCAAAGCACGCUCAUCAAAGCGUUUCAGAUCAGGAGAUUUCGUUGCAUCAGAUGUAUGCACAGGAUUUGAUGUGAGUUUUGAUGUUCAUAAUGGAAAUGGGAAAGAUAUUAAUGGGCAAACUAAACCUGAGAAUGGAUGUGGAAAUUCUUCACCUUCAGAAAUCCAAAAUCAUGCAGGUGAGUUGUUAGAAAAGUUGGGCAGGAAUGUGGAACCAUUUGGAACUGGAUUAGAGAAUAUGGAUGAUGUAAAAAAUAACGAGCUUGCUCCUCCUGGAGAAGCAAAUAAAUCUUCCUCAUUUCAGGGGUUGUCUCUGCUUGAUGACCAUCAGAAAAUUGAUGCUUCUGCCAUUUCUUCUAAUGGAAAUCUCAACAAGCAACAUAAAGGUUGGUCUGGAUCAGAUGAAUGCAGAGAUUGUGACUCACUAGAAAUGGAUGAAACUGUUGGCAUAAACCACUCCCACGAUCUGAAAGGGAAUCCUCCUGCCAACUCACUUAAAUUAAGAAUUAGAUCAAAAAGGAUUGUGAGGGACCCUAACUUCCCUUCCAAGCUAAAGUUUGUUACUGGCACAGAAGAGCCAAGUAAUAUUGGAGGUGAUUUGAUGUCUAGAAGCCACUCAAGGAUGGAGCCUAAUCAAAUUUCAGAAGUACCAGAAGAGGAUAAAGUGAUUGAGACGCCAAGUUCUCCACAUAGGUCACAUUCAAAUUCAGAUAAACAAAAUUAUGAUGCUGUUCAUAAAAGAGCAAAAUCAUAUAUGGCUAGAACCAAUGCUGAAGGGUAUGGUGGCAGCAUGGAAGAAAGUGCUUCAAAUGCUGGCAACUAUAAUUAUGACUCAGGAAUUGAUUUUCAUGAAGCUACAACUGAUGCAGUACAUAGAACAAGAUCUAUGGUGAGGGAUACAACUUCACAGGAGCCAAAUAAUGUAAUGAGUAGAUUUAAAGUGAGGGAGGAGACAUCGAAGAAUGCUGAGAACUAUUCCAAGAAAACAAGGGAUCACCUUCAGUCUGAAGAAUGGAUGUCCAGUUCAAGAAUGAGAGUUAGAUCAAGGUCUACUAGAUAUAGGCGAGGUGAUUAUGAUAAUUACCUGAGUCCUUCAGCUGGAAGGAUUUCAAAUUUCUCUGGAAGAAAAGUUUCAUGGCUGAUGUUGUCAGAGCAUGAAGAGGGUUACCGAUAUAUUCCUCAGCAAGGUGAUGAGGUGGUGUACUUGAGACAGGGCCAUCAGGAGUACAUAGAAAAAUUGAAUCUGAGGUCAGAAGUAGGUCCUUGGAGAUCACCGAAGACAAACAUAAGAGCUGUUGAAAUAUGUUCAGUUGAAGACCUUGUUUAUGCCUCGCUUGCAGGUUCUGGAGAUAGCUGCUGUAAAAUCACACUUAAAUUCACAGAUCCACUGUCCAGUGUGUUUGGUAGAACAUUCAAAUUGACUCUGCCUGAACUGAUUAAUUUCUCUGACUUUAUUGUUGAGAAAACGCGGUAUGAUGCUGCGAUUGGAAGAAACUGGACCCAUAGGGAUAAGUGCCUGGUCUGGUGGAGGAAUGGAGAAGAUGGUGGUGGCAGUUGGUGGGAAGGUCGGAUUCUUGCUGUAGAGGCCAAAUCUCGAGAGUUCCCUGACAGCCCUUGGGAAAGAUAUGUUGUUAAGUACAAGGGUGAUGCUGAAAACAAUCUACAUAGUCCUUGGGAACUUCAUGAUCCUGAUAUCCAAUGGGAGCAACCCCAGAUUGACUUUGAGAUCAGAGAUAAGUUGCUUUCUUCUUUUGCGAAAUUGGAGUCAGCUCACAAAAUUCAGGAUUAUUAUGGGAUUCAGAAAUUUAAUCAAGUUGCUCAGAAAUUGGACUUCCUUAACAGGUUUCCAGUUCCAUUAUAUCCUGAACUGAUCCAGGCAAGGUUAGAGAACAACUAUUAUCGGACAUUAGAAGCAGUGAAGCAUGACAUCAUGGUAAUGUUGUCGAACGCCCAAUCAUACUUUGGGAGAAAUGCCGAGCUAUCGAGCAAGAUGAAGCGGCUGUCAGAUUGGUUCACAAGGACAUUAUCAAAGUUGUAAGAGUCUUAUUACACAAUACUUGUCCUUCUGACUUGUGUUUGAUCUCCGGACGUGUAUGUUUCAGACCCAUCCACCCAAUUUUGGAAAAAUGGAAAAAUCUUUGUUUAGGCGGUAGUGUUGUAUGGUAUUGAGCACAGGUCCAGAGGGGAAAUGAGUUCAUUCUAUUUGUUUGUUCCAGAAAUUGUACAUGUAUAGAGACGUUCACCAUUUUUAAUGGUCUCCUUUCCUCGAUUAUAUAAGAAGAUGAAAAAGUAAAAAAUAUAUAUAUAUUUCUCAUU